CCCUCGGUGGCGUGCGGGUCCUGGGGGUGGCUGCAGCCCGGCCGGAGGAGGCCCACGGCCGCCAUGGUCCCCUGCUGGAACCACGGCAACAUCACGCGCUCCAAGGCCGAGGAGCUGCUCUCCAGGACGGGCAAGGAUGGCAGCUUCCUCGUGCGCGCCAGCGAGUCCAUCUCCCGGGCCUACGCGCUCUGCGUGCUGUAUCGGAACUGCGUUUACACAUACAGAAUUCUGCCCAAUGAAGACGAUAAAUUCACUGUUCAGGCGUCCGAAGGCGUCCCCAUGAGGUUCUUCACCAAGUUGGACCAGCUCAUUGAGUUUUACAAGAAGGAAAACAUGGGCCUGGUGACCCAUCUGCAGUACCCAGUGCCACUGGAGGAGGAGGACACGGGCGACGACCCCGAGGAGGACACAGAGAGCAUCACGUCUCCACCCGAGCUGCCACCAAGGAACAUCCCGCAAUCUUCUGGGCCCUGCGAGGCCAAGGAGGCUCCUCUUUGUGUCGAGAAUUCCCGAGUGACCGAGGUUAGCCGGCCCAGCCUCUCCGAGACACUGUUUCAGCGACUGCAGACCAUGGACACCAGCGGGCUUCCAGAAGAGCAUCUUAAAGCCAUCCAGGAUUACUUAAGCACUCAGCUCAAUCUGGACUCUGAAUUUGUGAAGACGGGCUCCAGCAGCCUUCCUCAUCUGAAGAAACUGACCGCGCUGCUCUGCAAAGAGCUCUAUGGUGAAGUGGUCCGGACCCUCCCAUCCCUGGAGUCUCUGCAGAGGUUGUUUGACCAGCAGCUGUCCCCUGGCCUCCGGCCCCGUCCUCAGGUGCCUGGAGAGCUCAACCCAGUCCACAUGGUGUCCAAGCUCAGCCAACUGACAAGCCUGCUGUCCUCCAUCGAAGACAAGGUCAAGGCGUUGCUGCAUGAGGGCUCCGAGUCUCCCCACCGCCGUUCCAUCAUCCCUCCCGUCACCUUUGAGGUGAAGUCGGAAUCUCUGGGGAUCCCUCAGAAAAUGCAGCUCAAGGUGGACGUUGAGUCCGGGAAACUGAUCAUCAAGAAGUCCAAGGAUGGCUCUGAGGACAAGUUCUACAGCCACAAGAAAAUCCUGCAGCUCAUCAAGUCACAGAAGUUCCCCAACAAGCUGGUAAUUUUGGUGGAAACAGAGAAGGAGAAGAUUUUGCGGAAGGAAUAUGUUUUUGCUGACUCCAAAAAGAGAGAAGGCUUCUGUCAGCUGCUGCAGCAGAUGAAGAACAAGCACUCGGAGCAGCCGGAACCCGACAUGAUCACCAUCUUCAUCGGCACCUGGAACAUGGGUAACGCCCCCCCUCCCAAGAAGAUCACGUCCUGGUUUCUCUCCAAGGGGCAGGGAAAGACGCGGGACGACUCUGCCGACUACAUCCCUCACGACAUCUACGUGAUCGGCACCCAGGAGGACCCCCUGGGGGAGAAGGAGUGGCUGGAGAUCCUCCGACACUCCCUGCAAGAAAUCACCAGCAUGACUUUCAAAACAGUGGCCAUCCAUACCCUCUGGAACAUCCGCAUCGUGGUGCUUGCCAAGCCGGAGCAUGAGAACCGGAUUAGCCACAUCUGCACGGAUAACGUGAAGACGGGCAUCGCCAACACGCUGGGGAACAAGGGAGCUGUGGGGGUCUCCUUCAUGUUCAAUGGCACCUCCCUGGGGUUUGUUAACAGCCACCUGACCUCUGGAAGUGAAAAGAAACUCAGGAGGAACCAGAACUACAUGAACAUCCUCCGGUUCCUGGCCCUGGGGGACAAGAAGCUGAGUCCCUUUAACAUCACGCACCGCUUCACCCACCUCUUCUGGCUCGGGGAUCUCAACUACCGUGUGGAGCUGCCCACUUGGGAAGCAGAAACCAUCAUCCAGAAGAUCAAGCAGCAGCAGUACGCGGACCUCCUGUCCCACGACCAGCUGCUCGCCGAGAGGAGAGAGCAGAAGGUUUUCCUGCACUUCGAGGAGGAAGAAAUCACGUUCGCACCAACCUACCGCUUUGAAAGACUGACUCGGGACAAAUACGCCUACACUAAGCAGAAAGCCACAGGGAUGAAGUACAACUUGCCUUCCUGGUGUGACCGCGUCCUCUGGAAGUCCUACCCUCUGGUGCAUGUGGUGUGUCAGUCCUACGGCAGCACCAGCGACAUCAUGACCAGUGACCACAGCCCUGUCUUCGCCACGUUCGAGGCGGGGGUCACCUCCCAGUUUGUCUCCAAGAACGGCCCGGGGACUACAGACAGCCAAGGGCAGAUCGAGUUCCUCAGAUGCUACGCCACACUGAAGACCAAGUCGCAGACCAAGUUCUACCUGGAGUUCCACUCGAGCUGCCUAGAGAGUUUUGUCAAGAGUCAGGAGGGAGAAAAUGAAGACGGAAGUGAAGGGGAGCUGGUGGUGAAGUUUGGGGAGACCCUUCCGAAGCUGAAGCCCAUCAUCUCCGACCCCGAGUACCUGCUGGACCAGCACAUCCUGAUCAGCAUCAAGUCCUCCGACAGUGAUGAGUCCUACGGCGAGGGCUGCAUUGCUCUUCGGUUAGAGGCCACGGAGAUGCAGCUCCCCAUCUACACACCUCUCACCCACCACGGAGAGAUGACAGGCCACUUCCGGGGGGAGAUCAAGCUGCAGACCUCCCAAGGCAAGAAGAGGGAGAAGCUCUACGACUUUGUGAAGACUGAACGGGAUGAGUCCAGUGGUCCCAGGUCCCUGAAGAGCCUCACCAGCCACGACCCCAUGAAGCAGUGGGAACCUUCCAACAGGGCCCCUCUGGGUGGCAGCUCCAGCAUCACUGACAUCAUCAACCCCAACUACAUGGGGGUGGGGCCUUUCGGGCAGCCGCUGUCCCUGCACGUGAAGCAGACGCUGUCCCCAGACCAGCAGCCUACAGCCUGGAGCUAUGACCAGCUGCCCAAGGACUCUGCCCUGGGGCCCGGGAGAGGAGAGAGCCCUCCGACGCCUCCCUCCCAGCCGCCUGUGUCACCAAAGAAGUUUUCAUCCUCCUCAGCAAGCCGAGGUCCCUGCAGGGCGCAGGAGGCUAGGCCCGGUGACCCGGGGAAGGCGGCGGAAACCUCGCCCCCGGAGGACCUGCAGCUGACCACGCCGGAGAUGUUUGAGAACCCGCUGUAUGGGUCUGUGAGCUCCUUCCCCAAGCUCAUCCCCAGGAAAGAGCAGGAGUCCCCCAAAAUGGUGCGGAAGGACCCCCCGCCCUGCCCAGACCCGGGCAUCUCGUCACCCAGCAUCUUGCUCACCAAAGCCCAGGAGGCCGAGGGCAGCAAGGGAACCGGCAAGCAGGGCCCAGCAGCCUUCCUUAGCCCCACGCCCCGGCUGCGCUCCUUCACCUGCUCGUCCCCCGCCGAAGGCAGGGCAGCCGGCGGGGACAAGAGCCAAGGCAAGGCCAAGGCCCCUGCUGGCGCACAAGCCCCAGUGCCCACCAAGAGGCCCAUCAAGCCUUCCAGGUCGGAAAUGAGCCAGCAGACCACGCCCACCCCGGCCCCGCGGCCGCCCCUGCCCAUCAAGAGUCCCGCUGUGCUGCACCUGCAGCACUCCAAAGGCCGUGACUAUCGCGAGAACACAGAGCUGCCCCACCACGGCAAGCACCGGCCAGAGGAGGGGCCCAUCGGCAGGGCUGCCAUGCAGUGAAGCCCGUGGUGAGCUGCCGGCCCGUUGGGAACCCAGUGAAGCAGCGUGAAGCCACGCGGACCCUGUCGUGGCACCUCCUGCUGGCUCCUCCUACCUCACUUCCCACGCAAGACUUCGCAUUUUUCAGGAAAGAGCCUCACUUCUGUGUGGCCCAGGAGUGUGCAGGCUGCGGGACUUGGCACCAAGUGCCGAGGUUGGGAGGAUAGCGUGACCAGAUGAUGGCCGUCCUGGGUCCCCAGCUUGAUGUCGGUACUCGGGACCCCAGAGCCUGGCACAGGCUGCCAUUUUAAAGAAAGGACCUGAAGCACCAUUUAAGGUGGAGAUACGAAUAAUAAUAAUAAUAUUAAUAAUAAGAACGAUUGCGCGGGUGGAGCACGCACUGCGUGCCAGGCGCCGUGCCACAUCCUUUCUAAACAUUACGGCGGGAUGACCUGAAGAUCUGAGUCUCCAGCCCACUAGAACCACGUGCCCAAACCCGCCAGUUCGAAACCGUGUGUGUCUGGAAGGGUGUGGACAAAGCAUUAAGAAGGGCCCUCCAGGAGGGCCUGGCCUUCGGGAGCUGAGGGUCUGUGUGGCUAACCCAAGGUACAAGGAGCCUGACCCUGUCUAGCUUGGUCAUACAAGUUGCUUUAGCUAAAGCCCAGGGGUUCCGGUGUAGGCUCAGAGGCAGAUCUACCUGGCAUCCCCCAGGCGUUUAUUCAGGAGCAGGGAAAUUGAGUCCUGCCUCCGCCUGGGCUAGAGGUGCCCGUGGCGGGUACCCUGCACCUUUCCACUGCCAGGCCAGGGGUUGGGCCGCGCCCCCAACGCCCAGCCACUGUACUAACAGGAGAGUCCGCUGUUGCUUCCAAAGCUGAACCUCCAGGCUGGCUGCCAGGGGUGGGGCUCCGUCUCGGCCUCCAAAAUGAGGUGGCCUUUCCUUUCGAGCUCCGCAGCUGCCAGCCCUGCUUCCUUGGUUACAAGGGGAUGUCUUUUCUUAGGUUGCUUUUUGCCAUAACAGAAUUCACGUAGGAAACCAAAUGCAGAAGUGAGUGAAAGUGCAGUGUGGGGGGGACGCGCCCCGCACUCCUUCGCGUGUCAGUCUGGGGGGGCCAAUAAACUGUGCCUUCCUCA